CUCCUCCUCCUCCCGGCUCCUGCUGCUGACUAACCCUCCGUCGACGCUCCACUUGCCUUCAGUUGUUGGUCUGGAUACAGCGAAGACAUGGCUUUCCUUCCAAGAGCGUUUUUACUGCUUUUCCACAUCCUAUUGGCCCGGAGCGUUUUGGGGAAGUUGAAGCUGUCGAUGGUCGACAACCUUGAGGUGUACCUGGGCGACUCGGCCACGAUUCCCUGCCACUACAGCUUCACUGACACAGAGAAGGAACCCAGUUUUUUCAUGAUCCAGUGGUUUGUGAGAGCCGCAGGAAACGGCACACGGUUGCGCAUCUACUACGGUGAUAGCUCUCAGCAAGUGAUUGACAGCAACACGGAUUACACCGGUCGCAUCAACGUGACGUCAGAAAAGAACGAGUCCAAACUGUUCAUUGGGAAAGUGCAGCUCUCUGACGAGAGGGAGUUCUUCUGCCAGGUUGACGGACUGGCCGCAGGGAGUAACGAGAGCAAGACCAACCUCCGAGUCUUUAGGCCACCAGAGUCUCCAGUCAUUGAAGGUGUCCUUACUGGAAUAUCUGUGACAAAAAAGGGUCUCUCUAAGGUGGCUUCGUGUGAAGUUCGAAGUGGGUUUCCCAAACCCAACAUCAUUUGGUACAGGAAUGAGGAGGCUUUAACAACUGUCCCACACAAGGUGAAUAUUCUCACUCUGGUGACGCGGGAGUCCAGUGGUUUCUACUCCGUCCAGAGCACGCUGGAGUACAAGGUAGAGAGGGAAGAUGAGAAUUCCCUUUUCAUCUGCGAGGCCAACUUCUCGGUCCCAGGAGCCAUCCGGACCACCAGCACUCAUGCCGUCAACAUCACCGUCCACUACCCCACCACCACCAUGAAUCUGUGGAAGGGCUUGCCCCGGGGCCUGGUCAAAGAGGGGGAUACUGUGGAGCUUCGUUGCCGGGGCGAUGGCAACCCCCCGCCACACGUCAUUUUCAGCAGAGCACAAGAGCCAGAUAAGGUUUUGAACAGCGGGGGAAACGUCUUGACCCUGUCUUCGGUUACGCGUAAGGACACCGGCACCUACCAGUGCCGACCUUCGGGCGUGGACGAGAGCAGCAAGGUCAAAGCGGAGAUGAAUCUCACCGUGCACUACUUGGACCCAGCAGUCGUGGUGCCAAGAGAAACUGAGAUUAUGGACAAAGGGGAGAAGCUGGCUGCCACUUGCAAAGCUCUGUCCUCUCUCCCAACAGUCACUGUCUGGUACAAGGGUCCGAAUAAGGUGGGUCAGGGAACCACUUUGGAUCUGAUCGCUUCUUCCUAUCAAACAAGUGGAGAGUACAAAUGUCAGGUGACCGUCCCCUCCCUCCCCGCGCUGAAUACCAGCGGCUCCGUUCACAUCAUCGUCCAAGGCAGCCCUCAGGUGGAAGGAGCGCAGGACGUGGCGCUGGAGGAGGCUGUGGGCAGAACUGUGAACCUGAGCUGCAAGGCUCUGGGUCAUCCUCAGCCCAGCAUCUCCUGGAGCAUUGCUGGUAGUCAGAGCUGGAAGGAGAUUGUGAACCGAGCACACGAGGACUCCGUUUACAGCCUGGUGUCCAUCGAGGUCACCUCGGACAUCAGCGCCAUAUGCAACGCUUCCAACAACAUGGGCGCCGAAACCAAGUCCUUCCAAAUCAAAGCCAAUCCCACAAUCAUCAAAUUUCCGGAGGGCAGCGGCAUCAUCAUCGUGGUGAUCAUUCUGUGCCUGCUGCUGCUGGCCUUCCUCGGCAGCCUUCUCUACUUCCUCCAUAAGAAGCGGCAGCUCCCCUGCAAGCUCACCAAAGAGAAAACCGCCACUGAUGACAGGGAGAAGAAAGGCAACGCCCAGAACGAGGGAACGCCCCUCAACAUGACCAACGGCGAGAAGAAAAGUCCCAACGAGCAGUGAAGCUUUGACAGUCGUGAUGCGGCGGAAACUCGCACAAAUCCCAGACCUGCAGGGAGCCGCCGCCCCACAGUCCGGACAUUCCCACCCAGCUUUGUCCCUCGCAGUAUUCCGUAGAUUUUCCACGCAUUCAUUUAUACACACACACAUGCAGGUAUGCUUGUACAGAUGAGUAUUUUCUUUGAAUGUAUGCUCCUCAUCAUCUAGUUUGAUCUGUUUUUCUGUGUUUUAUUCACAUCAAUCUUUUUUUUUUUUAUGAAAAUGUAAAUAUUAUAUAUAUUUUGUUAUUUAAGGUGUUUGCCGCUCAGACUUGGGUUUCGUGGUUCCAGAGACGGCAUGUUGUUAGAAUAAAGUUCUGGGAGGUUUGACGGUUUGUUUGUUGGAUUUGGUUGCAGUAGUUUUAGAAAAUUGAUGUUAAAAAAAAAAAAAAAAAAGAGUGUUUGGUCGUCCGCAGAACCUGAUAUGGAUGAUCUUCUCUGUGAAACGAGACACACUGGCGGCCUUCUUUUGCAAACUGCUGUCAAGCCGUUGUACUGUAUGUAAAUACAUGUAGCGUAGCGACCUGCUAGCGGAGACCUCGGACUGUUUCUGAGCUGGAGAGGUCAAACGUAGAUCUGCUGCGCCUGUUUUUUUUGUUUGUUUUUGGACAGCUAUCAUACACUGAAUUAUUGGCUUCAUUUAAGUUGUCCCGCUGUUUUUGCAUGUUUGACUCAUUCGUAGGGUUUUGGAAUUCUAGACCUCCAGGCAAAAGGUACAUUUUUUUAUGAUUGUAUUGAAAAUAAAAGUAUGAAAAAUGUGUUUGUUUUUUUUUGGUUUGCAUCCCACUUUGUUGUAAAAAACCCACAAUUGUGCCGACAUAUAAACAGGAUGAUAAGAGUUAAAUUAGGAUUUCACCUUUUAGUGGUUUUGAUUUUGAAAACGUGCUAAAAAUCGACAGUUUUUUGAGGUUUCUGUGGAGUGAUUACUCCGCUGAGUGAAACGUAGUUAAACAGACGAGACACAGAUGCGAGAGAAUGUUAAACACCACGAGGAACAUGCAGAAACACUGCCAGGAGUCCACUUUUGUGAACUUUUAUUUUGAAAUCUUUGACGGCUUACGAAGUGGCGAUGUGUUUUUUUUUCUUUUCUUUCAUAAAUUUACUUUAUGAACAUGGGUGCAGCUGCUCCUUACAGUGUGAUUGAAGAGUCAAGCUGCAGGAAGCCACACACAAACACUCCUGAUUGGAUCUGCGGUUCUUCUAUUUGGUUUAAACCACACGCGUAGAUUUUUUCCUAGUUGUGAAAACUUUUUCUUUUGUUUCUGAAUGUGUGUAAAAUAUUUACUGUACAUGUGAUUCCUUUAUGCUUGCUUUUUUAUUUUAUGUUUUGCAAAAAAAAAGAAAAAAAGCCAAAUAAAAGUUUGAUGAAAAAGAA